GGCCUAAUGAGAAAUGAAGCCCAGCUGGGGAGGAGCUGGGGAGUGCUAUAAAGAGAGGCAGCCUGAAGCAGAAAGAGGUUGCAGGGAGAAAGGGAAGAACUCUGCAGUCUCUCUUGGUAAUGAGAAGGGAAAGACCAGCAGGAAUAAGAAAGCUCCUGCAGGGCCUGCUUUCCAUCCACAAACUCUACCACUGAAGCUGAUGGGAGCUGCAGGCAUUCAGCGCCUUUGAACAUCAGGUCACUUUUUGCUUGCUGGCAGACUUGUCUGAGGAUCUGACAGAGGUGAAGCACAGGGACUACCCAGAAGAACACAGGCAGAUCAGAAUCACGCCUCUCCUGCAGCAAUGGGCUGGCUGGAAGCAUCAAACUGGCAGCUUCACAUUUCCUUGAUCGUGCUACUCUCCAUACACACGAAGGGUGCCUUGGCUGGACCAGUUGUUGAUUCACAUGUAACAGCAGUUUGGGGGAAGAAUGUCACCCUGAAAUGCAUAAAUGAAAUAAAUGGAACAAUAACACAAAUCUCAUGGGAGAAGAUACAUGGUAAAAAUAAGCAGACCGUUGCUGUUUAUCAUCCUGAAUGUGGGUUUGCUGCUCGAGGACAAUACCAAGGAAGAGUGUCAUUUAAGAACUACUCACUUACUGAUGCAGCUAUCACCCUACACAAUAUAAGCUUCUCUGAUUCAGGAGAAUAUGUAUGCAAGGCAGUUACAUUCCCGCUAGGAAAUGCUGAGUCAUCAACGACUGUAACUGUAUUGGUUGAACCCAUUGUGAGCCUAACAAAGGGACCAAACUCUUUAAUAGAUGGUGAAAAUCAGACAGUAGCAGCCAUUUGUACAGCAGCCACUGGAAAACCUGCUGCAGAUAUUGAUUGGGAAGGAGGUCUUGGAGAAGUGGAAUCCAGUUCUACUUUAUUUCCAAAUGAAACCGUGACAGUUGUCAGUCAGUACAAACUCAUACCCACCAAAUUUGCCAGAGGAAGAUGCAUAAGUUGUGUUGUGAGGCAUCCGGCUUUGGAAAAGGAGCUGAGAUAUCCUUAUGCAUUGGACAUACUAUAUGCCCCUGAAGUUUCAGUAACUGGGUAUGAUGGAAACUGGCUCAUUGGAAGAGAGCAUGUUCAGCUCCAGUGUAAUGCUGACGCAAAUCCACCGCCCACGGAAUUUACAUGGACCAGGUUGGAUGGGCAAUGGCCUGAAGGUUUAAUGUCUUCAAAUAAUACUCUGCAUUUCAACAGUCCGUUGACUUACAAUUAUGCUGGGACUUAUGUCUGUAAGGUGACCAAUUCCCUUGGACAAAGAAGUGAUCACCAGACGAUCUACAUUUUAGAUUCUCCAUCAUAUGGUAAUGGUGAGUCUGAAGACACAGGUGCUCCUUAUUGGACCCAUUUAGAAAGGAUGGAGAUGAAGCUGCUAGCUGUGCCGGCAGCAAGUACUGUUCGCUUCCGUUGCCCUGCAGCAGGCAACCCCACCCCAUCCAUAUACUGGCUGAAAAAUGGCAAAGAAUUCAAGGGAGAACAUCGAAUUGGGGGCAUCAAAUUACGGCAUCAGCAGUGGAGCCUAGUGAUGGAGAGUGUGGUUCCGUCAGACCGAGGGAACUACACGUGCAUUGUAGAGAACAAAUAUGGCAGCAUUAGGCACACUUACCAGCUAGAUGUAGUAGAAAGGUCCCGCCACCGGCCUAUUCUCCAGGCUGGACUGCCUGCCAACCAGACUGUGGUGGUAGGGAGUGAUGUCGAAUUCCACUGCAAGGUGUACAGUGAUGCCCAGCCUCACAUCCAGUGGCUGAAACACGUGGAAGUCAACGGCAGUAAAUAUGGAUCCAAUGGGACGUCUGUCACGGUGCUAAAGACGUCAGGUGUUAACACAGCGGCUGAGGAGCUAGAAAUUCUGUACUUGCGAAAUGUUACUUUUGAGGAUGCAGGGGAAUAUAUUUGUCUCGCUGGGAAUUCUAUGGGGUUUUCACAUCAUUCUGCUUGGCUGACGGUUCUACCAGAGCUAGUGGAGGCGGAUGAUUCUGGCUCCAUUUUUGCUGUCAUCCUCCGCUAUGGGGUUGGCUUCGUUUUCUUCUUCUUGGUGGUUGUCAUCAUGAUUGUCUGUAGGGUGAAAAUGACCAACAAAAAAGCCAUGAACACCCUCACUGUACAGCCGGUGUCAUUGGAGUCAAACCCUUCCAUGAAUUCCAGUACCGUGGUGGUCAAUCUCACCUACCUCUCAUCCAGCGAUGGGCUGAAGCUAGCAAAUGUCUCAGAGCUCGAGCUGCCUGCUGAUCCCAAGUGGGAAUUAACGAGAUCUCGCCUGACUCUGGGGAAACCUCUGGGUGAAGGUUGUUUUGGUCAAGUGGUGAUGGCAGAAGCGACUGGGAUCGAUAAGGACAAACCAGACAAGGCCAUCACUGUAGCUGUCAAGAUGUUAAAAGAUGAUGCUACUGACGAGGAUCUUUCUGACCUGGUGUCCGAAAUGGAAAUGUUGAAAAUGAUUGGGUACCACAAAAAUAUCAUUAACCUCCUAGGCGCCUGCACUCAGGAUGGCCCACUUUACGUUCUGAUAGAAUAUGCGUCAAAAGGGAACUUGCAGGAAUAUCUCCGGGAUCGUCGGCCGCACUACAUUUUUUCACUCGACACCUGCAAGCUGCCAGAAGAGCAGUUAACAUUUAAAGAUUUAGUCUCGUGCGCCUACCAGGUGUCCCGUGGCAUGGAAUAUUUGGCGUCUCAGAAAUGCAUUCACCGAGACUUGGCAGCCAGGAACGUGUUAGUCACUGAAGACAAUGUGAUGAAAAUAGCCGAUUUCGGCCUAGCCAGAGAUGUUGGCAACAUCAGCUGUUACAAGAAAACAACCAGUGGUCGGCUGCCUGUGAAAUGGAUGGCUCUAGAAGCAUUGUUUGAUGGGGUCUACACUCACCAGAGCGAUGUCUGGUCUUUUGGAGUGCUGCUAUGGGAGAUCUUUACUUUGGGGGGGUCUCCAUAUCCGGGAAUUCCAAGCGAGGAACUCUUCAAAUUCUUAAAAGAAGGCAAUCGGCUGGACAAGCCAGCAAACUGCACUCAUGACCUGUACAUGAUCAUGAAGGAGUGCUGGCAUGUAGUCCCAUCGGAACGGCCAACCUUUAAGCAGCUAGUGGAACACCUGGAUAGGGUCCUUACUGUAACAACAACUGAGGAGUACCUUGACCUCUCCGUGCCAUUUGAGCAGUAUUCCCCCGCCUGCCAGGACACACACAGCACCCACUCUUCGGGAGGCCAUUCUGUGCCUGCAAUAUAAAGAAGAGGAAAAAAAAACCUUUCUUUUUCUGGGGAGGAGAAGUGUAAAGAAUAUAGAAAUUCUUUGCUUAUGCAAUCUGUUCAUGAACCUUUUUGGUGAAGCUGAAGAGACACAUUGCCUUCAGGGAUUAAUAUAUUGAUAUAAAUAGCUGUAUUUUUGUAGUUGUUUUUUUUUAUAGUCGCUUGAUCAUUACCCAGCUACUUAUAACCCCCCCCCCCUCCAAAUCCCUUUUUUGACAUAGUCACAAUCUCAAAGGAGUUAAUGGUUUGGUGGCAAACAGCGGUUUGACUGUAAUAGGUCAUAACCCUCUCUUGUACUUGGGCUGCGGGUGACUGGCGUAUGCAGAAGAGUCAGAACAUUCCAAACGGAAGGGCAAAUGCAUGAAAGUCAUUGUAAUGUGUUCAUUUUGGGGGUCAUAGAGAGGAAAGCAUCAAAGUGGUGGGUAUAAAGGUACCACAUGUCUCCAGGGAAUUACUAAAUAAUUAAAUCAGAAGCAGAAUUAUGGUAUGUCUAUACUACCCACCGGAUCGGCGGGCAGCGAUUGAUCCAGCGGGGGUCGAUUUAUCACGUCUAGUCUAGACGUGAUAAAUCAGCCCCCAAGCACUCUCCCAUUGACUCCUGUA